UGUACACAGUCGAGUUGAGCGUGCGCACCAAACGCUAGUUUCUGUUCGCCGCUUUGAGGUAGCAACCUGUUGCGUCUAGUGUGUGUUUUUUUUUCGUUUUGUUUUGUUUUGGCCAGUGGAAAGUGCAACGAUAUCAACGAACGACUGCGUUAGAUAAAAAAUCGAGUUAAAACACAAAAACUCACCUUUUGCCGAACAGCAGCCAACACACAGAUAGCGAGCGUGUGAGUUAGUCCGCCGCGUGGUAAUUACAAUAAAACAUACUAAACAAUAAGAGCAACAGCAACAACAGCAGCAACAAUAAUCGCAAUUGACUCGUGAAACGCAACGUGCAACGUGCUGUUGUUCUUAAAAGUCGAAAGAAUAUAUAAAUAAAAUAAAAUAAAAACGAAAACAAGACAAAUACAAAUACAAAUACAAAAUGGAUGCCGCAGCCGCAGUCAGCGUCAACGUCAGCGUCAGCGUCAACGCCACCGAAGACGAAGAGGAAGACACAACAACACAAGUCAACAACAAGCUGCUGCACAAUCAAAACGGCAACAUGGAUAACGAUGGCGACGACGACGAGCCGCAAGCGCUGCCAUUUUGCUUUGUUCGCGGCUCCGAUCCACGAGCCGCAACUUGUCGUGGCAAAUUGCAAAGUCGUCGCUGCAAACUGAAUCAGGAAAUCAACAAGGAGUUGCGCCUACGCGCUGGUGCCGAGAAUUUAUAUAAGGCCACAACAAAUCGCAAACUGCGAGACACUGUCGCCUUGGAGCUGAGCUUCGUCAAUUCGAAUUUGCAGUUGCUUAAAGAGCAAUUGGCCGAACUCAACUCAUCUGUGGAGAUCUAUCAGAGUGAGAGUCACGAAGGCAUAAUGCCAAUGAUACCGUUGGGUCUCAAGGAGACCAAGGAAAUUAAUUUUAUGGAACCAUUCUCGGACUUUAUUCUCGAGCACUACAGCGAGGAGCCGUCGAUCUAUAUGGAUGCCAUAGCCGAUAUGACAGACACGCGACAGGCUUCAAAGACACCUUCGCGAGAUGAUCUUGGCGUCGCGCUGCUUUUCCGCUACUACAAUCUAUUGUACUAUGUGGAACGACGAUUCUUUCCGCCCGAUCGCAAUCUGGGCGUCUACUUCGAGUGGUACGACUCGCUGACCGGAGUGCCGUCGUGUCAGCGGACAAUUGCCUUCGAGAAGGCCUGCACGCUGUUCAAUCUGGGUGCGAUUUACACACAGAUCGGUGCACGCCACGACAGACGCACGGAGCGCGGUUUGGAUGCGGCUGUGGAUAGCUUUUUGCGUGCUGCUGGGAUAUUCCGGCACAUCUACGAUACGUUCACCAAUGCCCCGUCGAUGGACCUGAAGCCACAGGUGCUCGAUGUGCUUGUCUCCCUGAUGCUCUCCCAGGCACGCGAAUGUCUCUUCGAGAAGCUGCAGCUACAGAUCGAGGCCCUGGGUCUAACCGAGUCCAGUCAUCUCUUUCGGGAUUUGGCUGGUGAAGCGGCACAGCUGUCGCUCGAGUACAAUGAGAUGCACAAGAACAUCCAAGUGAAUGACACGCACACCUAUCUGCCCGAAUGCUGGGCGGGUCUGGUGCCCCUCAAGGCCGAAUUGUACAAAGCACUGGCACAUCACUACGAGGCGCGGAGCAUCGAUGCGACUGUGGGCGACGGCGACAACGUGUCUCUGGGCACCAAAAAGAGUCAGACGGUGUCAUCGAAUGAAUCGUUCAUUGGGAAUGCGAGGGAGGCGCUGCGUGCCACCGAGGCCAGCAGCGAGUGUGAGGAGGAGAGCGCCAGUGUUGUUGCCAUCAAGCGCACCCAUUUGAAAGAAGCGCUGGCUAGUCAUGAGGAGGCGCAACGUUUGCAGCGCAUGUGCCGCUAUCUCAAGAACAAAACAUCACUGACCCAAGUCAUCAAGGAGGCGCAUUACAAAACGCACGAGGAAUACGAAAGAUUCAGCCUGCAAGCGCCAGUGAAAAACAUUGAUGAAUGCUACGAUUUAGUUGAACGCACUGUCGAAGCUGCAUCGAAAUUUACGCUUUCGUUGACGGGCCCCGAUUUCACCUCGUACAAAGUGGAGGAUCCAUUCAAGCGCCUCGGUCCCAUUGCAAUAUUCUCGGCACGUCGCCACUGGACUGCGCCGCGUUGUGUGCGCCUUCAGAAGGGUUCGGCGAUGUAUCACGAUGCGAGCAGCUAUCAUUGUCAUUGCCCCACUAGCGAUGCCGAUGAGAAUCACGAGCCUGGCUGCAGCCUCUACAAGGAGGAGCUCGAGAACUUUGGCUUCCAUGUGCGUGGCGAUGCGCCUGUGAUAAUUGCCCAUGUUGAAAUCAAUUCCCUAGCCGAUCUGGGCGGCAUCAAGGAGGGCGAUUUUAUUGUGGAAAUCGCUGGCAUGGAUGUCAAAUGGUAUUCACAUCAGCAAGUCGUGCGGCUAAUUCAAUCGUGUGGUGCGGCGCUUGAACUUAAGGUUAUCACGCCAAUGGAUCGCAAUUACUUAAAGCCUCUGUCAUCAAAGGGUUCAAUAUCGACGCUAUCGGCAGCCAGUUCAUCAGGCGUCUCGUCCGGCUCCUCGAGCCCAACCAGCACGACCACAAAGCCCAAGCUGCGGAUCAAGACGUCCGCGAAGACGCGCUUUGUGGGCAGCGUAUCGUCCAGUUCGUGGAAUCCCUUUCGACGCACACCGAGCUUGGCGAAAAUCUUUUGAAUGCGGGGAUUCCUUAGCUUAAGUUAUGCUUUAAAUUGAUAUGAAGCAGUGGCCAUUAUUUUAUUUAAAAAGCAAAGUGGACUUCAUUUUUUUUUUUAUUUGUAUCUAUAUAUAUAAAUAAAAAUAUAUGCUAUAUAUAUAGGACGAUGUAUGCACAUAGAUCCCAAGAACACACACACACACUUUUUGGAUAGUUGAGCUCCAGAGAAUUCCAUUUAUUUUCCGCCAGCCUGGAAAAUAUCAACAAGAAUGCGAGUUGCGGAGCACUUAGAAAUCUGUUUGUAAAACAGAACUCGAAGACGCUGUAAAUUAUUUUCAUUU